AUGACUGACGAAAAACUAGGCAAGCCUUCGCUGUUAAGAUAUCUGCGACCCGAUAAGUUUGACAUCGAGCCUGAUGUCGCGGACUCCGAUACAAAAUGGCUACAUUGGAAAUCGACAUUCGAAAGCUUCUUAGCAGAAGAGAUUACCGAAGAUGUACCGGACUCCCUUAAGCGUAAGAUCCUAGUUAACCACUUAUCGGCAUCGAUUUAUAAGCAUAUCAAAACAUGCUCCACUUAUAAAGAUUCGAUGAAAGUUCUAGAAGACAUCUAUGUCAAACCGAAAAAUACUAUUCUAGCUCGACACAUUCUCUUCAAUCGCAAGCAACGAGCCGACGAAACGAUCUCUGACUAUGUUAGAGCUCUCCGACUUUCUGCGAAAGAUUGUAAAUUCGAAGACGUCACAGCCCAAGAGCAUGAAGACCAAGCAGUUCGUAGUGCUCUCAUAUCCGGCUUACUAUCACGAAGGAUUCGCGAGCGGUUACUAGAAAACUCUAAACUCACUCUCUCAGAAGCACUUAAUCAAGCCGUAGCUCUGGAAACGGCAGAGAAGGAUGCAGUUACUAUUGGUAUUAGCUCUUCGCAACUUACCGCCAUAUCGCAAGGUAUUUCACGGGUAAAGGAAUCCGAAAAUCUAGUGGCGGCUCUAUCGUCACGAACUUUUCAAGCCGCCCCGAACACGCCACCUCCGGCUAAACCCUGCUUCUUUUGCGGCGGGAGUCUUCAUCCAAGGUUCAGAUGUCCAGCCAACAAAGCCACUUGCAAAAAGUGCUCAAAGAAAGGACACUUCGCAAGCGUCUGUAGAUCGGGCAAUUUUAACUUGAACUCCACGACAGUUGAAGAUCCUACAACCCCUAACAACGACCAAUUCUACAGUGGAGCUAUUUCUGCUGCCUCUCCUUCGAGCCUUAGGAGUGCAACAAUUCCAAUCAUGGUCAACGAAUACAAGGCUGAUGCUCUCGUCGAUACAGGAAGUUCGGUCAGCUUUAUUAAUGGUAAAGUUGCUCGCAUAAUGAAACUACGCAAAAAACCCUGCCAGCAGACAGUCAAUCUCGCUUCUCUCAAUCAAGUUUCCUUUGUUGAAGGUGUUUGCUUUGCUACUAUUACGAUGAAUAAGCAUACUUAUAAACAAACACCUCUUCUAGUUGUCGACAACCUCUGUGCCGACGUCAUCAUCGGCCAUGACUUGCUCAAACAUCACUCGAGCAUUCAUUUCAAUCUUGGUGGGCCUGGCGAACCUUUAGAGAUAUGCAACGUGUUACAAGCUUCGGUGCCACCAGCCUCCGUAUUUACAAAUCUGUCGCCAAACAUUCGACCGAUCGUCGUGAGAAGCCGGCGCUACAGCAAGGAAGAUGAGGACUUCAUAAAGGAAGAAGUGUCUAAAUUACUUGAAGACGGGGUCGUUGAAACAAGCAUUUCCCCCUGGAGAGCUCAAGUCCUCGUAGCGGGAGGAGGAGUUUAUCGAAAACGACUUGUCAUUGAUUACUCCAUGACAAUAAACAAAUUCACCGAACUGGAUGCCUUCCCCUUGCCAAGCAUAGAAUCAGUCGUGAGCAACGUAUCAAGAUUUAAAGUGUUCAGUCAAAUCGACUUAAAGAGCGCAUAUCAUCAAGUACCCAUCUUAGAAAAUGAAAAGAUAUAUACAGCUUUCGAAGCUUGCGGCAAAUUGUACCAGUUUACACGCAUUCCAUUUGGCGUGACUAAUGGCGUUGCAGCUUUUCAACGAACUCUGGACUUCAUCAUAACAGAAGAGAAAUUAGAAGGAACGUUUGCCUACUUAGAUGAUGUAACCGUCUGCGGCAAAGAUCAAAGGGAUCAUGACCACAAUCUAAAACGCUUUUUGGACGCCGCUAAUAAAUUUCAUUUAACUCUAAACGAACAGAAGAGUGUUUUCAAUAAGACUAAAAUCAACUUGCUUGGAUAUACUGUUGAAAAUAACACAAUCAGUCCUGACCCGGAAAGACUAAAACCUCUUCUAGAGCUUCCCGCUCCAACUAAAACUAGUGAACUAAAACGAGUCCUAGGGAUGCUUGCUCAUUACGCUAAAUGGAUCGCGCGUUUCUCCGAAAAAAUAAAGCCACUUACAUGCGUGACUACUUUCCCGUUGCCACCUGAUGCGCUCAAGUGCUUUGAAGAACUCAAGCAAGAUAUUAAGGCAGCCGCUCUAGUAGCCAUUAACGACAAUGAAAUGUUUACAGUCGAAACAGACGCUUCGGAAUUCGCGCUAGGGGCUACGCUGACGCAACAUGGAAGACCAGUUGCUUUUUUCUCUCGGACAUUGAAUAACUCGGAAUGCAAACAAUCCUCAAUCAAAAAAGAGGCUUGUGCGAUAGUAGAGAGCCUAAAGAAAUGGAGACACUACCUGAUUGGUAGACAUUUUCUUCUUAUAACAGACCAACAAUCGGUAGCCUUCAUGUUCAAUCAAAAUCAUAACAGUAAAAUAAAAAAUGAGAAGAUUCAACGUCGGCGAUUAGAACUGUCUUGCUUCAAAUACGAUAUAGUUUACAGAUCAGGCACUGAAAACGCUGCUGCGGACGCUCUAUCUCGCGUAUGCGCCUACAUGAAUAUAAACAAGUUGAAAGAACUACAUAACGCACUCUGCCACCCGGGAGUAACUAGAAUGUAUCACUGGUCAAACAUAGCCUCGUCCAGAACGACGCCCUAUAACCCCCAGGGUAAUGGCCAAGUGGAACGACUUAACGGAACGCUCUGGCGAACUAUUCAACUCAGCCUUCGGUCAAAGGGAUUAUCGGUUGAAAAUUGGGAAGUAGUACUGAAGGACGCAUUGCAUUGUGUCCGCUCUCUCCUAUGUACGGCAACGAACGCUACUCCGCACGAAAAACUUUUCACAUACCCUAGAAGAUCCCCGAACGGAGAUUCACUGCCAUCUUGGCUCACGCCGGGACCGAUCCUCGUUAAGAAGAACAUCCGCUCUUCAAAAACGGACCCUCUUGUCGAGGAAGCCGAGCUUCUAGAGACCAAUCCCUACUACUCUCUCAUAAGACGGGAUAAUGGAGAAACCUCAACGGUAUCAAACCGUCAAUUGGCUCCUUUCCCCAGUUCUACUGAUGAUAGUAGAGAUGAUAACUUUGAAACGGCCUCCGAAGACGAUAGCCUCACGUUUCCAUCUGAAAACAACUCCACACCUCCACCUGAAAAUAUCGCUCCUUCGUCGUCGCCUCAUGUAGAAGAGCCGUCAACGUCCUCGCCAGUUCUUAGGACUGGACUUCCCAGGAAAUCUAAUAGGGCGCGAAAAUUACCCACCUACCUGGCGGACUUUGUGGUUGAUGGGAGUGAGAGUGAAAACUGA